GGCCUGUCUGACUCUUUGGACACUACUUGCCGCAGUGUGUUCUGGGUAAUACACGAUUAGCCUGACUGCGCAUGAGCGAACAGUAGCAGUGAAUACCCAAAGAAACCGGCAAAAUGAUGGGUCAAGGUGGUCCAGUUUUGGUUCUCAAGCAGAACACAAAGCGGGAAUCCGGGCGGAAAGUCCAGCUCGGAAAUGUGAAAGCGGCAAAGAUGAUCUCGGACGUGAUCCGGACGUGUCUGGGUCCGCGCUCCAUGAUGAAGAUGUUGAUGGACCCGAUGGGCGGGAUCGUCAUGACCAACGAUGGAAACGCCAUCCUCAGAGAGAUCCAGGUACAGCACCCUGCUGCCAAGUCCAUGAUCGAGAUCAGCCGUACCCAGGACGAGGAAGUGGGCGAUGGAACAACAUCAGUCAUCAUCUUGGCUGGAGAGAUGUUGUCGGUAGCUGAACCUUUCCUGGAACAGAAGAUGCACCCCACACAGAUCAUCAGCGCCUACAGACAAGCACUAGAGGACAGCCUGGAUGUACUGAGGGACCAGAUUAGUGUUCCAGUGGACGUGUCUAACGAGGAUGAGAUGGUGAAGAUUAUCUGCAGUGCCCUGGGCACAAAGUUCAUCCGCAAGUGGAUGGACAUGGCCUGCAAGAUGGCGCUCCGGUCCGUUAAAACGGUGGCGCUUGAGGACCAGGGGCGACGGGAGAUUGACAUCAAGAGAUACGCAAAGGUCGAAAAGAUCCCAGGUGGAGCCAUUGAAGACUCUCGCGUUCUGAGCGGCAUCAUGAUCAACAAGGAUGUCACCCACCCCAAGAUGCGGAGACGCAUCGAGAACCCCCGUAUCGUCCUCCUGGACUGCUCGCUCGAGUACAAGAAGGGGGAGAGUCAGACAGACAUAGAGCUGGUUAGCGAGCAGGACUUUAGUCGUAUUCUUCAGUUAGAAGAGGAGUACGUUCAGAAGAUCUGUGAAGACAUCAUCCGAGUGAAACCUGACAUUGUGUUCACUGAGAAGGGGGUUUCAGAUCUUGCCCAACAUUACCUCGUGAAGAACAACAUCACUGCCAUCCGACGCAUUCGUAAGACGGACAACAACCGUAUUGCCAGGGCCUGUGGAGCCAACAUCCUGAACCGCACAGAUGAGCUGAGGGAAGAAGACGUGGGAACAGGGGCCGGCCUGUUUGAGAUUAAGAAGUUUGGAGAUGAAUAUUUCACCUUCAUUACAGAGUGCAAGGAUCCAAAGGCCUGCACCAUCUUGUUGCGCGGAGCGUCCAAGGACGUGCUUGCCGAGGUGGAGCGUAACCUGCAGGACGCCAUGCAGGUCGCUCGCAACGUCAUGCUGGACCCGCGCCUCGUACCGGGCGGAGGGGCCGCGGAGAUGGCACUCGCACACAUUCUGAAUGAGAAAGCCAAGUCCAUCCAGGGUAUCCAACAGAAGCCGUACAUGGCAGUGGCCCAUGCCUUAGAGGUGGUGCCCAUUACACUCAUCCAGAACUGUGGUGGCAACACCAUUAGAACUCUCACACAGCUUAGGGCCAAACAUGCCACAGCAGGUAAUAAGAACUGGGGGAUUAAUGGUGAGACUGGUAACAUCCAGGACAUGCAGGAGCUGGGCAUCUGGGAGCCGUACGCUGUCAAGGCACAGGUCUACAAAACUGCCGUCGAGACCGCCAUUUUGCUUCUCCGAAUUGACGACAUUGUCUCGGGUUCCAAAAAGCAAGCAGGCCCUGACCCAAUGAAACCAGAAUGAUGACAGUAGCAGCUUUGAUAUUAUCCUGAAUUUGAACUUGCACUAGGUACUAUUGAAAAUAUGAAUGACAUGCUCUGAAAGUGAUAGCAAAAAGAUUUUUUGGUGACAACUUGACUUCUCCAGUGAAGAUACCAGAGUACUGUUGAGGUUGCAGAUAUCUUUUUACCUUUCGCAACUGUACUGGUCCUGUCUCCAAAACUUCUAUAUGGUGUAAACAACACCAUUUAUUAUGUGUGCACACAUUUUGUCCAGUUAUGCAUUUUGUAAGUUUGUUACUCGAUGCAAAGGCAUAAUGUCUACAAUGUCUGUAUGUCGUUCUUGAUCAGAAGAUUUUCUUUAAAAAUUUGUUUGCAUGAUUAUUAUAUAUUGUGUUUUUUGAGUGUAUUUUCCAAAGUGGUUGAUGUGUUUAUAAUACAAACAUUUAACACUGACAGACUGAUAUGAAAUCAUCAUAAGUGUAUUGGUAUAAAUAUUACAAUAAGGGACUUAGUUGCCUUUGUAUUUGUUUCUGAUACAGUUUUGUACUUCAUGUCAUCGUCACUAUUUACUACAGUGAAGGGAAAGAAACUCUGUAUCUAGAAUAAGAGCUUACAAUUCCCUCGAAACAGUG